UCCUUGGAAGGAUUUUUUUUUUAAAUGAUGAUGAUGUGAACCAGAGAACAAAAUAUUAGCAGCAGAGCAAUUUUAUUUUGCAAUUCAUUCUAUCUAUCUAUCUGUCUACCUAUCUGUCUGUCUAUCUAUCUAUCCUGAUACACAUCCAUCAGUCUGUCUGUCCAUCCAUACUUGGAAAAGAUGAUGCUCAAUUCAGACCAGACGGAAAUCGACAUGCCCCCAUCUCACUCCGAGACAGAGUCAGUUUUUAGUGACUGUGGGGGGGGCGGUGGCCGUGGGGCCGGAGUGGAGGAGGCCGGCAGCAUCGGCUUGUGUGCCCAGUCCCGGCUAGCUGAGCCGGGUGAGGCUCUGAAAAAGGACCUGCAGCACUUGACCCGAGAGGAACGUCGGCGUCGGCGGCGUGCCACGGCUAAGUACCGGACAGCCCACGCCACGCGGGAGCGCAUCCGCGUCGAGGCUUUCAACAUGGCCUUCGCCGAGCUGCGCAAGCUGCUGCCUACCCUGCCCCCUGACAAGAAGCUUUCCAAGAUCGAGAUCCUCAGGCUGGCCAUCUGCUACAUCUCUUACCUGAACCACGUGCUGGACGUCUGAGCCACCAAGCCCACAUCCGUCUGUCCGUCUGUCUGCUACAUCUCCUGCCUGAACCACGUGCUGGACGUCUGAGCCACCAAGCCCACAUCCAUCUGUCCAUCUGUGUGCUACAUCUCCUGCCUGAACCACGUGCUGGACGUCUGAGCCACGGAGCACACGUCCGUCUGUCUGUCUGCUACAUUACCUACCUGAACCACGUGCUGGACGUCUGAGCCACGGAGCACACGUCCGUCUGUCUGUCUGCUACAUCUCCUGCCUGAACCACGUGCUGGACGUCUGAGCCACCAAGCCCACAUCCGUCUGUCCAUCUGUCUGCUACAUCUCCUACCUGAACCACGUGCUGGACGUCUGAGCCACGGAGCACACGUCAGUCUGUCCAUCUGUCUGCUACAUCUCCUGCCUGAACCACGUGCUGGACGUCUGAGCCACGGAGCACACGUCAGUCUGUCCAUCUGUCUGCUACAUCUCCUGCCUGAACCAUGUGCUGGACAUCUGGGCCACUGAGCCCACGUCAGUCUGUCUGUCUGCUACAUCUCCUGCCUGAACCAUGUGCUGGACGUCUGAGCCACUGAGCACACGUCCGUCUGUCUGUCUGCUACAUCUCCUGCCUGAACCACGUGCUGGACAUCUGGGCCACUGAGCCCACGUCAGUCUGUCUGUCUGCUACAUCUCCUGCCUGAACCAUGUGCUGGACGUCUGAGCCACUGAGCCCACGUCAGUCUGUCUGUCUGCUACAUCUCCUGCCUGAACCAUGUGCUGGACGUCUGAGCCACGGAGCACACGUCAGUCUGUCCAUCUGUCUGCUACAUCUCCUGCCUGAACCAUGUGCUGGACGUCUGAGCCACCGAGCCCACGUCAGUCUGUCCAUCUGUCUGCUACAUCUCCUACCUGAACCAUGUGCUGGACGUCUGAGCCACCGAGCCCACGUCCGUCUGUCCAUCUGUCUGCUACAUCUCCUGCCUGAACCACGUGCUGGACGUCUGAGCCACCGAGCACGCGUCCAUCCAUCUGUCUGUUGCAUCUCCUACCUGGAUGUCUGAGCCAACAAUUGUCCAUCUGUCUGUCCAUAUUUCUCUACAGAUCCUGCCAGACAUGUGAGCCACCAAGCCCGUCUCUGUCUGUCUGUCUGUCCAUGAAUUUACCAUAUAGCCUAUCUGACUACUUCCUGGAGUCUGAUCCAUCUGUCUUUGUUUCUGCUACAUCUCCUACUGGGCAUCUGAGCCACCAAGCCCACAUCCAUCCGUCUGUCUAGCUGCUACCUGAACCACAUGUGGGACAUCUUGAGCCUCCGAGCCCAUGUCUGUCCACCCCUCCAUCUGUCUGUCUACUCCAUCUCUUACUGGAACCCCAAGCUGGACCUCCGAGCCGCAGCAGCACCAACAGUCCUGGGAUCUAGCCCAUGUGUCUCUCUGGUUUUUCUUCUACCUGAGCCAUGGCUUGGAUUGGUGAAGUAACAGCAGGAACCUUCCAGGCCUUUUGUCUGUUGGCUGCAUCUCUCCCUGCUGGCACCAUACACUGGGCUCCCAAAAGGCCCUGUCGCAAGAGGCAGCUGCGCCAUCUGAGCCUGACGCCCCCGGGCAACCCCCAGACCUAGGCAGACAAGGAAGGGAGCUUGACCCCCUGUGAGCUCCGGCAUUCCUUGCACAGCUGCAGGGCUCCUGGUUUUUCCUGCCCUGAAAAGAAAUACCAAACAUGCUGCAAAAAUGGAAGACAUGGGGCAGCCCCCAGCCCUAGCCCCACAAAGAUGGGAAAGCAGCAGCUUCCCUGCAGGGUCCAGAACCUAAUGAAGGGUGGAUGGUUCCCAUAGAUGGAUGGGAAAGAGGGCAUUUCCUUGCUUAGAUCCACUCCAGAAGACAUAAACCUUGUCCUCUGUCAUGACCCCAUCCCUUUUCCAAUAAGGGCAAGGGAAAACUGGCUGUGAGUCUGUCCCUGGGGGGAAUUUCAGUGCCCCACAGGGUGAGAACUGCCAUCAAGACUGGAUCUCGAGUUCCCGAGCCAGUUCCCAAUUCAGCAUCCCAAAGGUCGGAGUUAAUAGGCGCCAAUCUCCAUUGUCCUGCUGUUGUUUAUAGUGAUGCAAAGUGAGUGUGAAUGGUGCCCAUCCUGACUCAGGAGUGUUUGCACCUGCUUUGCACCAGUAUAAGUGACUGGACAAGGUGGACAACAGGCAGCCAAGCCCAGUGAGUGUUUGAUGGCAGCAGGCUCUGGUCCCUAAGGCUGUUUCAUGUCUCCUAGUAAGAGGGGUCAGCCUGGGGGAAAUGUGGUGGCUCUCCACUUAAGCUCCAGAUACAAUCCCAAACUACACCGGCAAUCUCAGAUGACUGGAUUUGCCUGCUGUAAUGAUCAGUGCACAGUGAAUAAGUAAGGCUGACCUCUACCUUGCCAUCAUUAGCCUCCAGAGUGAACAUCUUGUUGCAAUGAAUGGGAGUAGUUAAUUCACACCUCUCUUAGGGCUUCAGGCCUCGACUUUCCUUGGCCAUGCACCUUGUGUUGUCAUUAACCUCCAUGCAAAGCAAGUGUCAGGCCUUGCCUUCACUGGGAUUCCAGUCACCAGUUUUAACCCCUUAGUGGGACACAAUUUACCCCAACAGAGCACAGUUUUCACCAGUGCAGGUUAUCCGGUGCCUCCCUGGUGUAAGCUAUGAUCUGCGAUGGGUUUGCACUGGGGCAGCUGCACCUUAGAGGGAUCUGUGCACCCAGUUUGCACAGGUGCAAAUGACGGCCAUGGGGCUAAAUGAAUGGGAACUGGGUGACCAAUCCCCCCAGGCUGUUGACCUACGGAGUGCCUGUCUUCUCAUGCUCCCUGGUGUAAAUCAGGCGCAGAGAAGCAGGCGCUGUAGCCCCAAGUGAAGGCAUCUGCAGACAGUGCGGGAUUCCAGGCCCCAGCAAAUCUGUUGCACAGAGCGGGAGCAGGAUCUCUCUCUAAUCCCCUUCUGGGAGUCCUGGCCCCAGCCCUGGGGGUCAGGCGCUGCCCAGCUCAGCAAAUCCGUCCCCCUUUUCCAAUGGCAAAGCCAAGCCAUGCUUACUGUCGGAGAAAGAGAAUCUGAUUGGUGGACAUUAGAACCAAAGAUAAAUGGUGUUUGGCCAAUCUGAUCACUGCAUGAGCGAACUGUAAACAAGCACUGGGCCUGCGGCCAAUCGAAAAAGAGCUGGCACAGACAAGUAAACGAGCAUGAACUUAAUGGGUCUGAGCCUGCAAAAAUCCACCUAUUGGCUUCAAUAGUAUUGCUCCUGUGGCUAGGGGUCUACAGGGUCAAAACAUCUAUUUAUCAUUUAUCCCCAUACUCAUCUCUACAUCUUCAUACACACCCAUCUAUCUACCUAUCUACCUAUCUAUCUAUCCCAAAACACCCCCUCUAU